AUGGCAUUCGUUGACAUUUGGGUCGCGGUCUUGACGCUUAUUGGGAGCAUCACCUCCUCUCUUAUUGCAUUGCCCGUGCUAGGUGACGUUUUGCGUUGGUUCGGGCUCCGCCCACUCCCUCCCCAUGACCGGGUUCCCGAGCUUCUAGUGGAAGUUCGUGAUGAUCAGAGUGGCCUUGUGGUUGGCCCGACGACUAUCAUCGGAGGCCAGCAGGGCCUUGUUGGCGGUCAGGACACCAUUGGUGGGGACCUAAGGGCCCUCAUCGAUGCUGCUCAGUCCCUCGAUAAAAACCUGAUGGUCGCUGUUGAGAAUCAGAAGGCUAUACUCGAGGUCAUUAUGGCCAUCACGGAUGAAAUCGAAAAGUUCGGGGAUGACUUGAACAGCCGCUUCGACAACGUCAGGGAUGUCCUUGACGCUAUCGUGAGGGUGACAGAGUCAUCGACCGAAGCCCUUGGGCAGAUGUCGGCCCUCGUCGCGGCAGUGAGUGGCCGCCGCAUGGCGCAGUCAGAACCUGCGUCAACGGCCACUCAGACCCAAGGCACUGAAGUCUUGAAGGGACGGAAAGGUAGCUACGGCGCCACCGUUCUGGCUGCUUGCGUGAACACGGCGGAAACGCAGCAGCUCCAUCCGUCGAUCCUUCGAGGCGGCGGAUGGUGCCUCUAG